AGGCGGCUAUCAAAGAACUCGAGGAUCGCAAGGGAGCUUCAAAGCAAGCUAUUUUAAAGUACAUUGUGCAGAAGUACAAACUCGGUGAUAAUGAGAAAAUGAUCAAUGCACGUCUUCGCUUCGCGCUCAAAAAGGGUGUCCAGUCAGGACUUCUCAAGCAGGCUUCCGGAACGGGUGCUGCUGGCAGGUUCCGUCUUGGUGAUAAGUCUGAAGGAUCAGCAAAGCCGAAGAAAGUUGCGAAGAAGCCGAAGUCAACUGGAGGAGAAGCCACGCCGAAAAAGACUGCUUCGGAGAAGCCCAAGGCAGCGAAAGCUAAGAAGGAGAAGUCAGCCAAGUCCCCGAAGAAGUCAUCGAAGCCGAAGGCGAAGUCUGCUAAGUCACCCAAGAAGGCUGCCGCCAGCACUCCGAAGAAGGCUGCCCCUAAGGCGAAGAAAACUACCAAGAAGGCUCCUGCUGCUAAGGCGUAA